AUGUUAACAGUCCACUUCGCCAAAACGACCCCUCAUCCCCUCUCCAGUUUUGUUCUGCUACGCCAAAACAUGCAGUUCCUGUUCCAGGACGCCUGCCAUCAGCUGCUGCAAGCUCCUCCCCGUCCGGAUCAAGAAAAAGAAGUAAUAUCUGUGUUAUGCACAAAUAAUACGUCCUCAGCCCAUUUAAUGAUUUCAAGCAUUGAGAAUGAAGUACAAAAGAUGCUAAGAAAUCCGCAGCCGAACACAAAUCACCUCCAAGCCUUGUGUAGGGUCUACACUGGAAUUUGUCGUCAGAGGAAAGACUUCGAAAGGGCUCAAAUCUUUGCUUACAAUAUUCUCUUUGCAGACUCCCCAGAUGCAGCCAAAAUGAUUUUAUUUAUGUUUACCACAUGGCCCAAGGUUUUCUCAUACAAUAGUUUGCUGUGUCAAGCAAUACAUGCAGUCACCAAAUUGAAGACGCCCGCUGAGCUCCUGAGCUGCGUGUCUCAGUAUCUUGGCUGGGAUAAGAAACCUCCCUGUGACAUUGACACAGUAAUUUUCAAAACUCUGUCUGAGAUACGUUCUGGAUCAACGCUGUCGUUUGUUAAACAUGAUAGAUAUGGAAUUGACUUGGCACCGGAGGCUUGGCAACACAUUUUUACAGUUCAGCUCUUAUGUACAAACAAAGACUGGAAAUGGACUUAUGGAAAUCUUUUGAGUAAGGAGUUGUGGCCCUUGAUGAACUCAUGGGUGUCACAGUCGAGAGACCAGCAGAUACCGGUUUCCGAUAUUACAGUUUCCACUGUUCUGAGACUUAUUGGACGGCUUGGUCAGCUUGGGAUCAAACAGAAAUGUGUUUCCUCUGUGAUGACUGUAGCCAAUGUCAUCAACACAUUUGGAAGGGAUGGAAAGUCUGAAGGUGUUCCCUGGGAGGUCCAGUUAGCUGCGAUCUACUGCAUAUAUGACUUGUCCCCCUGUAAUCCUAAAAGUGCCCUUGAAGCCCUCGCUGGGUGGAGAGAAGAAACCUCUCAGAGAGUUCCCCCUGGCAUCACCAGCUGCAUUAACCAAAUGGCCUCAUUGUGUCGACUGGUCAAAUCUUAA